GCGUCUGCUCUGCUGUUGCUGCCCUUUGAUCCCUGCAUUAGUGUUAGUUAGGGGCUCGGAGACACACUUGCACCGAGAGCAGCCAUAGUCAAGACACGGCAACAACAACAGCGGCACCUCCUCCGCCCGUGUUCCCAUUCCCCAACAAUACACUUAAAAAACCGAGCAAAGCCAGGUGCACGACCAAGUCCCUGCCAUCACUGGCGCCUCCAGUCUCAAUGGGAAAAACCUUUUUUCUUCUAAUCCCCAAACAAGGACGAGAAUGUGAUUAAAUACGGAGGAAAAUGCCAAGGAGGAAGCAGGAGCAGCCCAAGCGCCUGCCUUCACAUGUGGACGGCAAUGAGGACGGUGGGCCCAAUGGUGGUGUUGAGGAAGAGGAUGGCUGGUUUGGGAAUGCCUCCGACACACGCUCAGAGUCUUCAUCUUUUGGAGACACCCAGGAUGAGCUCCUUCUCCAUAGGGGCCUGUCUCCUGAUGGGGACCACGAUACUUGUGGAGGUGAAAGCUCUAUGGGUUGCCCCACACCUGUUCAUCGUGCCUCUUUGGAACUUCUUGGCUUGGAUGGGGGUGCAUUCUCGGCCCAAGACACACUCUCUUCAGUGGUAUCAUCACUUUAUGGUGAGGCAGCCUCCCGAGCUCUUGGGAAACCUCUUAGUAGCAAUCUGCGCCGCCUCCUAGAGGCUGGGUCUCUCAAACUUGAUACUGGCGAAGUCCUUGGUCGAUCAUCUAGAGGAAGUGCAGGGGGAGAAUCCCCCCCAAUUGCAUUAGCACCAUCUUUGACCCUCUCCCCAUCAUCUCAUCAUGCCCAACAGCUAAGUGCUCUUGCCCGAAAACUGGCCAAUAAUAACAAUAGUGGUUCUGCCUCACCAGCCUCCUUGGCACCCUCAGUCACAAACAUUAAGCAGGAGCCCCUUGACCCAUUUAACUCAGUCACCCCCAGCAAUGGCAGUGGCUUUGUGUGGGCAGGUGUGACAGAUAAGUGGCCUCCAGCCACUUGCUCCAACCCCUGCGGCUCCAGCCUGUCUCCAGAUUCUGCAAUCCAAAAGUUAAAAGCAGCAGCCAAUGCUGUGCUUCAAGACAAGAAUGCUGUUGCUUCGUCUUCGACAACAUCUUCCUCCUCCACCUCUGCCUCAUCUGCAGUGCCCACCUUGGGCGGGGGUAGUCGAGGAGACGAUAUGGUGCGCUUUGAUGCCUUCAACUCUCCGUUUAGCCCACAGUCAGCUAGCUCUACCCUGGCUGCACUUUCCAAGAAAGUCAGUGAGAGGAGCCAAGCUUCAUCAACAGCCAGUGCUGCCUCUGACCACCAGGCCUCAGCAAAUUCCUUUCUUUCGCUUGUGUCAAUGACGUCCUCUGCUGCCUUGCUCAAGGAGGUGGCAGCAAGGGCAGCGGGAAACCUGCUGGCAGAAAAGAAAGAAGGUUCCCCCCUGGCAGCUGCGGGGGUCCUCCAAGAGGAUGCAAAGCCCCUGCUGGAUAUGAACCGGAAAGCACCGACGCCAUCUACACCCAACCAGAAUCUAGAGUUGCUGCUGCCGUCUACUCCAAAGGCCAGGGGCAAACCCAACAACCAAGCAGGCUCUCCUGAGGAUGGUGGGAAGCCAUUCCAGUGUCCGGUGUGCGGACUGGUCAUCAAACGCAAGAGCUACUGGAAGAGACAUAUGGUCAUUCACACAGGCUUGAAAAGCCAUCAGUGUCCACUGUGUCCCUUCCGUUGUGCUCGCAAAGACAAUCUCAAGUCUCACAUGAAGGUACAUCAGCACCAGGACCGGGGCGAGACAUUUCAAUGUGAACUUUGCCCCUUUACCUCCUCCCGACACUUCAGCCUCAAGCUUCAUAUGCGGUGCCACCAGCACUUCCCCCGCACUGACGUCAAGGUAAAAGAGGAGCUUACCACCGACACUGAGGGCGAGGGCUCCCUGUUGGGUGACAGUGGUUCCACAGACCCAAGAGCGACGCAAGUGUCACCCCUGACCUCGGACAUCCAGCAGGCAACGUCCUCUCCCGUCGAGGCCUCUGGCAAUCACGUCCAUAUCAAGGAGGAGCCGCAGGAACGAGACCUCUCCGUGCUGUCCCCCUUUAGCAUGUGCAGGGACCGUCCCAGCAGCAGUGCUAACUCUCUGGACAUACCCGGGGUUGGAGUUGGUGUCAGAUCAAGUCCGAGUGGUCCAACCGCGGCUUCUCUCUUCAGCCCCGACAUCACUACCAAAACAGCCACUGACCUGCUUAUGAAGCUAUCAGCAGCUAACCAGAGGGAAACACUCCAGUCUCCAUUCCAUCUGAAGGAAGAACCAAAAGCUGAGGAGGCACCAAGUCCGAGACCAUCCUCACGGUCUCACAACCAGGCUCAACCGAGCUUUCCUGCUUCCUUCUGCCAGGACGGGGCUGCAGCAGCCACAGAGCGGCCAGGGUCGCUGAAAACAAGAGAAGGAAGCCCCAUCGCUAAAAAUAGCUUGCUUAGCCAGGAUAUCAACGUGAAGGUGGCUUCUGAGCUCCUAAUAAAGCUUUCAGAGAACAACAAGGAUGCCCAGUACCAGAAGGUGAAGGUCAAGGUCAAGGUGAAGGCGGAGCCCAUGGAGGUGGACCCACCCCCUGUGGAACUCACCUCGCCUGGAUCUCACCUGCUCCCCUUCAGCACUUUAGGGGCGAGCGAGAAGAAUGAGCCAAUGAGCAGCCUUCCUGACACGCUGGCCUGUAACCAGAAAGAUCUCUUCUCCCAAGACAUAUCAGUCAAGAUGGCAUCUGAACUGCUGUUCAAACUAUCAGAAAAGGUCAGUAAAGCAAACAACCACAAAGACAGUAACAUGGUGGGAAUACACAGUCCGUUCCUGGACGAGUGCUUCAGACAAUCACCCUUUAACUCUCGCUCCAAGAGCUCCUCCCCCGCAGAGGCCAGCUCCUCUACCAGGGUACUUUUUCACGACUCUGAGAAGGACGACGGGGAGCCAGGAAACGGGAUCUCCCAGUGGCGGCUGCACGAGCAGCUCUUCCCCUGUCCCGUGUGCGGCAAGGUGUUUGGUAGACAACAGACCCUGUCCAGGCAUCUGUCUUUACACACAGAAGAGAGGAAGUACAAGUGUCAUCUGUGUCCGUACGCAGCCAAGUGCAGGGCUAACCUCAAUCAACACCUGACCAUCCAUUCUGUCAAGCUGGUCAACACAGACGCUGAGCAAAUUGUCAGCGCCGUUACAGCUGAGUCUGCUGAACGCAAGAACUACCCUUACUACUACAGCUGCCAUGUGUGCGGCUUCCAGACGGAGCUGAACGCGCAGUUCGUCAGCCACAUGUCGCUCCAUGUGGACAAGGAGCAGUGGAUGUUCUCACUUUGCUGCAGCACCUGCGACUACAUCUGCAUGGAGGAGAGCGACAUGAAGAGCCACAUCAGCGCUGGACAUGCAGCUUUAAAUUCAAGAAGUCCCCUCAGCGAGACCAAGAGCACCUCGUCGUCGCUCUCGGCCCUCAGUGACUCGCUCAACAGCUCGGAGGGCGGAGACAUCACCCACGGUAAUGAAGAACUCAAAAGUCUGCUAGCUCCGCCCUCCUCUGCAGGCAACCAGGCUGGCUCUGGAAGUCAUCUGGGUUCAGGAACUGAAGACAAGUCAGACAAAGGUUUUGAGUGCGUCUUCUGCAAUUUUGUGUGCAAGACGCGUAGCAUGUACGAGCGGCAUCUCCAGAUCCACCUCAUCACGCGAAUGUUUGAAUGUGACGUUUGCCACAAGUUCCUCAAGACGCCCGAACAGCUGCUGGAGCACAAGAAGUGCCACACGGUCCCUUCAGGAGGGCUCAAGUGCCCUUUUUGCAUCUACUCCACCAAUCGUCCAGCGGCCAUGGAGUGCCACCUGAAGACGCACUGUAAGAUGGAGUACCGCUGCCGCAUCUGCCAGGGACUGUGGCCCGACCAGGCCUCCCUGGAGGCCCACAUGCGGGGGCAUCGCCUGGGAAACCACUACAAGUGUGAGCAGUGUGGCUACCUGUCUAAAACGGCCAACAAGCUGAUCGAGCACGUGCGAGUGCACACGGGCGAGCGGCCCUUCCACUGCGACCGCUGCUCCUAUAGCUGCAAGCGCAAGGACAACCUGAACCUGCACAAGAAGCUGAAGCACGCGCCGCGCCAGGUUUUCGGCUGCCAAGAGUGCCCUUUCACCACCACACACCCCUUCGUCUUCAGCCGCCACCUCAAGAAACACCAGGGUGGAGCGUCGGAGGGGCUGGACGGCAGCUUAGUAGGAGGAGAGGAAGAGGGGGAAGAGGAAGGGGCGGGGAGGGAGGAGCAGCCCGCAGAGGGAACAUCACCCGGGCGCUCCUCCCUGCAGAGGAGCCGGGAGAGCAUCUUGUUCGGCGGGGGAGGAAGCAGUGGAGGAAGUGGGAGCAACAGCCCUCUCAUGGGUCUGACGGCGUCUCAGGCACUCCAGUCCGUCGCUCUGUCGCUCACGCUGGGCAAGUCCCGCCAGCUGGACCCCGCCGGCCAUCUCCACCGCAACGGCAGCGGCGCCACCAGGAACCACGGGGGCGUCGGCAGGAGCGGCCCCUCCCUCUUCCCCCCCUCCUCCCGCCACACGCUGGAGCAGUACAGGAACUGCAACCCGGCCCAUCUGAUCCCCCUCACCACCCUGUUCACCCACAACCGCCGCUUCACAUUCCACCCACUGCUCAACUCCAAGUGUCGACCUCUCCUCUCCCCUCCUGACUCAGCACCCCCUUCCUUCUCCUCCCCCUCACCGUCCUCCUCCCACAAGCACUCCUUUCUUGCCUACCUGGGACUGAUGGAGAGGGCCAAAACUGUCUGACACCCCACCCCCCAUUUCCCUCACCCUUUGGACUGUGACCACUGCAGUGGGAGCAAAGUUUUUUCCUUGUUUGUUCUAAUCAGACCAGCAGAAUAAGCUGGACCAGACAAGCAUAUAUAUUAAAGAACAGAAGAAAAACAAACAUUUAUAUGAGAAAAACGCUGUACAUGCUAAAAAAAAAUGCAUUUAUAUCAAAAAGCUGCUUUUCUUAUCAGUUCUAUCAAUUGAAUUAUUACUACUUCAGAUACUCUUUUUCUGUUUUUGUUUCUGUUUUUAAGCAUCGGAACGACCUGGACCCAGUGGCUUUAUCUGCUGAAACGAACGUAUCCGUUAUUUUUUAGUUGUUUUUUUUUUAAAGAUAUCUUCUGUAGUCGUUUGACUAGAUAAAAAAAGGUUAAAAAGACAAAACAAACUUUGCAAGUGCUAUCUUUUAGUGCAUUUUUGUCCAGUGCUAUUAUGCAUUGAAAGAGCAUGCCUGUCUCUGUGUCUCAGCUAGCUUUGACGUCAUUAGGAAGCCGAAAUUCGAGAUAUCCGAAAGUGUUAGCGGUGGGCGGAAUCAAAGGAAUUCUUUUCAUUGAAAAGGUAACGUUUCCCCAAACAAAGCCUCAGACCACGCACUUAACUAUUUAUCAACUUUGUACAGUUUUUUAGCCCCACCCCCUCCUCCUUUCUCUCCUUUCCCAUCUUUUUUCAGUUUUGUUGUAUUUUUGUACGAUGGUGAAACUGUGUUGUGUGCUGCUGCUGAUUUCACUUGCGUCUCAGAAGGAACGUCGUUUUAUCCGACUCCGAAUCAGUACUUGUUGAUAAUCUUUGAAGUGUAAGCGGAUAAAGUGUAAAUAUGGAAAACGUUCCCAUUGAUCUAUGGUGAGGAAGCAAACAGAAGAACAUUUCCAAGAUAAAUACAAACUGUUGAAUCUGCACUCGCAGGUGAGGAAUGUUGUAGAUAGAGGGGUCCCCAACUCUUUUUCCCACAGUUCAGCAGCCAUAGUUAGAUCAUUAGCAGCAUUAGCAUAAUCCAAAACCACAGUUUUUGAAUGAAAUGUCAGAUGUUGAUGAGAUCAACUGAAAAACUCUGAUAGAAGUUUAUGCUUUAGUACCCUUCUUCUAUUAAAACCUUCUGCACCUCUUCUGAACUUCUGAAUCAACUGUAAAAACGAGCCCCAAGAAAUGAGUCAAAAAUUCCUCAAAUAUGAAAAACUAUUUAAAUUAAAAAAAAAUUAAAAAAAAUCCGCCAAUAGGGUAAGAAAAAUACUCUUUCCAAGAAUUCUUAUUUUAAGAAAAAAUGUGAAUGACUGAUGCUACGUACACGCACGGCGGGUUCCUGAACGCACUUUUAGCAUGUGGUGGUCACGCCCGACUGUCGCUAUCUGAUACUAGCACACAGUUUUAACGUGCGUUCGUUCGGUGGCUGUGAGCGCCCAUAAAAACGUCAGCGUGCGUUGCCGUGGGCGAUGUGUACGUAGCAUAAGGCACAUUUUUUCCAAACUAUUUUCUGCUUUUGAAAUGGAAAAUAGGUCACAUUUUCUUGAAAUGAGGAUCUUUUUACUUUCUUAAAAUUCCGUUUUUGCGGUGAAAACCACCACUGCAGCUUCCUUCUGAGACCAGGCUGAUGUCAGCACGGCUCUGUCACAGCGUCACGCCGACCAUAUUUAGGAAAGAUAUAUGAGAAACCUGUUUUGUGGAGGUGACCCGCUCUGGGUCAGGAAGCUGCCCACAGCCCAGGUCACCUACAGGCCGAUUCAAUGGUGCUUUUUGGAGCUUUUUUGUAAUUUUUUUGUGUACAAAAAAAAGAGAAGAAAAAAAAACUUGUUCCCAAAUGACUUGAAUGAAUGUAUUUUUUUUGUUGAUGUACAUGGAAAAAAAAAAAGAUGCGAUACAGAAAUCUGAACAGGGAUGUCUUAUGUGCUGGUAUAGAGAGGAAAAGUUUGUGUUUGGUGGCCUUUCUGUGUCUGUUUCUUCAGUUUUUUUUUUUUUAUUAUUAUUAUUAUUUUCACUUUUUUACUGAGCCUUUUACAUCAUACUAAACAUUUUCUACUAACAUAUAAAAGAACCCAUGGCGAGGAGAAGCUCCUGCAGGUGCAAUGAUGAAGCAAAGCCAUGCGUUUGUACAGCGGUGAGUGAAACGGCACGGCUUCUGUCAGGCCGGCAGACGUGGUACUGCGUUUUUUUGGUUCCCUCUCCACCACCACCCCAACCCCCCACUUAUGUCAUCCUCUUUGAGUUUUAAUUGCACUUAACGUGGUUACUCGUCAAGCCAAAAGCACUUAAACCUUUUUUUUUUCCCAAAGCGAAAAAGAUGGAGCAAGUUGCAGAACUGUGAAGCAGAUUUUUGCAGCUUGUAAAUGAGUCGUUGGGAAUGUCUGCUGGUGCAAAAAAAAAAAAAGGGUCUGUCUCUGUGAAAUUAGAGAAAGUCAGUGAACACAAAAUGCAUGAAAUGGACAGUUGAGGUUAAACACCCCCCCCCCCUCCUGGGAACUAAAGGUCCCAGGCUAAAUUCAUUUUUGCACAGUGCUGCACUUUUUUUGAUCAUAAGAAUAUUUAUCCAUGUGAAAAAAAAGUCAUUUGUUUUUAAUUAGGCAGCAUAGUACAAGUAUUUUGUUUUCUAAAAGCUUUACCUGUUCUUGUGCUCAAGCUCCUAAGUGGUCUUCAAGCCAAAACCCCUUAUUUUUACUGUUUCCUCGUUUUGUAUCUGCUGUUGCGUUUUCUGUAAUGAACAACCCUUUUUGCUGUUUAAACCGUGCCAGAAAGGAAAAAAAUUAAUAAAAGAAAACUUGAGUAUUAUCAAGACCAAAAUUACGACUCACAGCGCGAUGUGAUGUUAGGAUUCAAUCCGUCACGUCCCGCCCCGCCCUGAAGCGUCCCAACACGACUGUCCAACCUCUAGCUUCCCCUGACAGCCUCUCUCCGUACUGUUUACUGUAUCUUUUAUACUCUAGUGCCACUUGGUGGAAGUAAACCACCUGAGACUUCUGAGAAUCAGUCAAACUAAUGAUCAGAGUCCAAGGGGAAGGAAUAUAAAAACAAAAAAGGAAAAGAUGUCCUUAAAAAGAAUGUCUGAUCUCAAACGUCUGCCUUUGACCUCAGCACGAUUAUGAAUGGCUGCACUUCUUUUAGUUUGCAGAUGAAACAGGUGACAGGGCCCCCUUUCUCUUUUUUUUUUGGUUUAAAAAAAGAAAAACUUGUAUUUUGAGCACUUAUUCUGUUGCAGCACGGUGACCUUCCCGAAAACUCAACUACCUUUUUUUGGGUGUGUUUUUUUUUUUUUUUUUUUUGCAUGUCCUCCCUCUGGUCCUUUAGUGCUUCAGUUUUUUUUCGUUUUUUUUUUUUUUUCAAACUAACCCUCUCCCUUCCUUCGGUUGCAUUGAAUUAGCGUCAUACUGAAACGUCUACAAUCAUUUAGCUUUAAAAAGCUGUAUUUUAUGGUUAGGAAAAGGCUCAGCUAUGUAACUUUUGGCACUCGGUCAGGAUUGCAAUGUGCUGUACAAAGCUUUUUUUUAUUACUCCAUUGUUAAGGCUGUACAGGGUUGUGACAAUAACUGGUAAAUGGAUCAUUUGUACUUUUUUUUUUUGGUUUUGUUUUGUAUUUGUUUUCUUCGUUUGGCAUUAUGUUAAGUUUAACUUGCCAGAUAUAAAUGUAACAGGAUUUGAAAGUAAAGCUUACAUCAGAUAUUA